GUUUGACACACACACCCUCUGAGGAGUUAAACUAUACGAGGCGUGUAGUUAAUCUUCUCUGUACUGGGCUUCAAAGUGCGUCCUGCAGGCUCCUCUCGGUCAGUCUGCAGCUCCUCGAGCUCCUGACGAGUUCUCUGGAGAUGAAGAUAUCAGUGUUGUCGAAGAAGCUGUGGUGCAUCCACAAAACCCUGAUCCUGCUGCUCACGCCUCUGCUGUUCCUGCCGUUACCCUUCUACCUGCCGGACAAGGAGGGCAAAUGUCUGUACGUGCUGGUGCUGAUGGCCGUGUACUGGUGCACAGAGGCGCUCCCUUUGGCCGUCACCGCCAUGCUUCCCAUCUGCCUCUUCCCAACGCUGGGAAUUCUUCCUUCCAAAAAAGUCUGCCCUCAGUACUUCCUGGAAACCAACUUCCUGUUCCUCAGCGGCCUGGUGAUGGCGUCGUCCAUCGAGGAGUGGGGCCUGCACCGCAGGAUCGCCCUGAAGGUCCUGACCAUCGCCGGAGUAAAACCAGCCUGGCUCAUUCUGGGCAUGAUGCUGACCUCCGCCUUCCUGUCCAUGUGGCUCAGCAACACCGCCACCACGGCCAUGAUGCUACCCAUCGCCAGCGCCAUCCUGGAGAGCCUGUUCGGAGACCUGGAGAGCCUGAAGCAGAAGUGCAAGUCCACAGAGGAUCCUGAGAACGACAUCAUAAACGGUCAGUCCACUGUAAAGAUGCAUUCACUGACCUCAGUGAACUCGGAAAAACAAAUACUGUCAACAGACGGGACGGACGGAGCGGAGCAGAGCGACACGAGGACGGCGGCGGAGAUCCGCUCCGAGUCUGAGUAUCAGCUGAAGGUGUGGAAAGGAUUCCUGAUCUGCAUUCCUUAUGCAGCCAGUAUCGGAGGCACCGCCACGCUGACGGGCACCGCGCCCAACCUCAUCCUGAUCGGACAGCUGAAGAGCUACUUCCCAGAAUGUGACGUCAUCAACUUCGGCUCCUGGUUUGCGUUUGCGUUUCCGCUCAUGCUCCUCUUCCUGUUUCUGGGAUGGCUUUGGAUCGCGUUCCUGCACGGGGGACUGAACACCCGAUUGUGCAUCACGCAACACGACCGGCGAGCACAGGCGGAGGCCCGAGCGAAGGCUCUCAUCGUGGACGACUACAGGAAGCUGGGGCCCAUGAAUUUUGCAGAGAGGGCGAUCUCCUUCUUCUUCGUGUUGUUUGCUGUCCUGCUCUUCACUAGAGAUCCCAAGUUUGUGACGGGCUGGUCUGUGAUCUUUAAGAAAGGGUACGUCUCAGACGCCGUCACAGGUGUGAUCAUCGUCUCCAUUCUGUUCUUCUUCCCUUCGCAGAAACCGUCUCUGAGCUGGUGGCUCGACCCUCAAGCUUCUAACACGCCGUACAUUCCUCUGCUCUCAUGGAAGAAGGCUCAGGAGUCGGUUCCCUGGAACAUCCUCCUGCUGCUCGGCGGCGGCUUCGCGAUGGCUAAAGCUUGUGAGGAGUCCGGGCUCGCCUCCUGGAUCGGGGGCCACCUCCACCCUCUGGCCGAGGUCCCUCCGGCCGCAGCUGUGAUGUUGAUCACUGCUUUCCUGGCCUGCUUCACUGAGUUCGCCAGCAACACGGCAACAAUCAUCAUAUUCUUACCCGUCAUUGCUGAGCUGGCUAUUCACGUCUCAGUGAACCCUCUGUACUUCAUGAUACCUGCAACAGUAGGAUGUUCAUAUGCCUUCAUGCUGCCGGUGUCCACGCCACCCAACUCCAUCGCCUUCGCAUCAGGACAUCUCAUGGUCAAAGACAUGGUGAAGACUGGCAUCGUGAUGAACAUCCUGGGCAUCCUCUCCGUGUCUCUGGCCAUGAACACGUGGGGCGUGGCCAUGUUCGACCUCAAGUCGUACCCUGAGUGGGCUAUGCCCCACAACAAGUCUGCUGCUGUUACUGACGUGCACCUGUCUCUCGUGCAGUCACUCAAUGCUACACUCUGAACAAACGUCUUUCUGUGUCAGUAACAUGUCCGACGCUCCGGGAGCUUCAGCUGUUACCUGUUAUGAUGAAUUUAAUACGUUUCUGAUUCUCGGAGGCAAAGAUUUCCCGCUGUGACGUCCAAGUUUAAGUUGCAAAUGAUGCAACAAGCUCCAUUGUUUUACUCUGUGCCUUCCUGGACCUGCACAGGAGACAUUGAAGCUCAACAGCGUCGACAGUCGGAGCUCUGAAGACUGCAGAGUGCUGCUUGUGUUGAAGCUCCUGCGCUGACCUCUGCUGGAAGAAUGACACAAACUUCUGUGAAUAAUUAUCUUUAAAUAUAUAUUUUUGUUUAAAAUCACUGGGAUCAUAUUACUUGUUUGUGUAUUUAAAGCUCACAAAUAAUAUUUUAAAUCUUUUCUAUAUUAGAGUUUGAAUCUUAAUGAAUGUGUAAAUGUUGUUACAAAGUGAUUUGCUGUUACAAAUAAAUGAGUUUUAUGAUAAUUGA